UAGAGAAAAAGGCAAAAUCGAAUGGAAGAGCGUGUGCUCUUAUUUCUCAAAGGUUCCUCACCUCCUUCUCGCUGUUGAGACUACAGGGUCUUGGGUUGGGUGCCCAGCAGCAGACCCAGAGGCGAGGACUGGGGGGUGUAAAGAGUGCAGCGAUUCCAGGAAGCAUCAACAGGGGAGUGGGAAGAGACGGAGGGGAGGCAGCCAGUCCAGAUGCAUAAUCAAACAGGUCAUGGCUCUGGGCAACUAGGAUUCAGUCCUCCUAGGGAGCUUUGGGAAUUCAGUGUUGGACCCUCCAGAUUUGUUCCCCUGCCAGGGACAGGAGCUGAGAGGUUUAUCCACCACCUCCCAUCAGUCCUGUGUAGAGAGCCACUCCCUCCCAGGGAGCUGCAGGGACUUGCAGUUGGAAUCCGUCUAGCUGAGUACAUGAGAAGGGUGCUACAAUGAAGCCAGAGCUGUACCCACCACCCUGGCAGCUCACCCUGUUGCGACAAUGGUCCAUGGAAGGAUACAGAAAAUCCUAUGUGGCGGCCUUGCAACCCAAACUCAUUCCAGUAGAUCUCUACUGGGGAGGGUCUCCCAGGUCCCACCAAUUCUCCCACAAGGUAACAGCUGAAGACCUAAAAAAAAAUAAAACAGCCUGUUAUUUUACCAGCAAAACGGGUUUAUUCAGGAACAGCAAAGAAUUGCAAUUUGGGACAUGCAGUCUAUGGUGAACCACAGGCAAGUCCAGAGAACACGGAGAGGAAUGUUCUUUUAUAGGGGAAAAGAGGUUAGUUGGGAGGGGCCAUUAUAAACACAGAGUCUAUUGGAGGAAACUGGGAGUUCGAAGUGUAGUGCUUUUCAUUGGCUGAGUUACAACAGUCUCUUAUUGGCUAGGCUGUUGCCAGGCAAAGAGAAAUUCCUCCUCCUGCUGGGUAGUAAAAUAGUAACCCUCUUCCUGUUGGAGAUGCAAAGGUAUGUCUCUUUCUGUUGAGUCUGCAAUUGACAGCGAGAGUAGAGCUUGAGAGUUCUCCCUUCAGUCCUCCCAACUCCAUCUUAAAUGAGGUUUCUGAGUAUCGUCCUCCGGCUGGUCGUCUUCUGAGGUCCCCGGGUCGGUGCGCAGGCUGGGCCGCGAUGCCCGAGGUGAGCACUGACGAGCUGGACGAGCGGCAAGUGCAGCUCUUGGCGGAGAUGUGCAUCCUCAUCGACGAGAACGACCGGAGGAUCGGGGCGGAGACCAAGAAGAACUGCCAUCUGAACGAGAACAUCGAGAGAGGAUUAUUGCAUCGAGCUUUUAGUGUUUUCUUAUUCAACAUUGAAAAUAAGCUCCUGCUUUAGCAGAGAUCAGACGCUAAAAUUACCUUUCCAGGUUGUUUUACGAAUACUUGCUGUAGUCAUCCCUUAAAUAAUCCACUAGAGCUUGAAGAAAACAAUGCAAUUGGAGUAAGGCGAGCAGCACAGAGGCGUUUAAAGGCCGAGUUGGGAAUUCCCAUGGAAGAGGUUCUUCCAGAAGAAAUUAAUUAUCUAACACGAAUUCAUUACAAGGCUCAAUCUGAUGGUAUCUGGGGAGAACAUGAAAUUGAUUACAUUUUGUUUGUGAAGAAGAACGUGACCUUGAAUCCAGAUCCCAAUGAGAUUAAAAGCUAUUGUUACGUAUCAAAGGAAGAACUAGAAGAACUUCUGGAAAAGGCAGCCCAUGGUGAAAUUAAGAUAACUCCGUGGUUUCAAAUUAUUGCCGAGACUUUUCUCUUUAGGUGGUGGGAUAACUUAAAUCAUUUGAAUCAGUUUGUUGACCAUGAGAAAAUACACAGAAUGUAGAUGUGGAGAUGAAUGAUUACUAAAGUACUAAAGAAUUUCUCUACUUAGUAAACUUAAGAUGAAUUUUUUAAAAACCCGGUUCCCCAUUAGAACUCUCAUUGGAAAUAUUGAUACUUUACAACCAGAAUUUGUGUGGAAGAGUAUUCUUGAUUUGUGUCAUACA